AUGGGAUUACUAACCUUCAAUGGCCUCAAAGCUAGGCAGCGUCUGAUUGCGACUGCUUUUCGAUCCCAGCACCGUGCUUUCCACGCUGCUGUCAUUGGUGGUGGCAUCACCGGCCUCACGUCGGCCUUCCACCUGUCGCGAAAUUCCAAAUGCUCUAGCGUCACAAUAUACGAGAAAUCCCCUCGGCUUGGUGGUUGGAUGCGAUCUGAGCGAGUUCCAGUUAAAGGAGGCGAUGUGUUAUUCGAAUACGGUCCUCGCACGAUAAGAUGCUCCAAUUCUCUCUUACCUACUUGGUUGAUGGCUGAACAAGUAGGUCUAGCAAAUGAAGCAGUCUGGACCCCAAAGAACAGUCCUGCCGCAGCCAAUCGUUUCAUCUAUUACCCGGAUCAUCUUGUCCGCCUUCCAAGCCCACGUCCCGGUGUCUCAUUCGCGAGUAACAUAAAAAAUGCCAUCCAAACGUUCUUAAAUGAACCUCUAUUCAAUACACUCAUACCGGCCAUUCUUUUUGAGAGCUUCAAACCCCCACGAGGAAUCGAUCAAUGGCAGAAGGAUGAGUCUAUCGCAGAUUUCAUCUCCCGCCGUUUCACUCCAGAAGUCGCAGACAAUCUUGUCUCGGCUGGUAUGCAUGGAAUUUACGCGGGAGAUAUCGAUAAAUUGAGCGCCCAGGCUCUUCUUGGUCCUCUACGCAACAUGGAAGCUACUGGAAUCAUAUCUAGCCUCUUCACCAAUAUGUUCUCCAGGAACCAGAACAUACUUUGUGAUGAUUAUAUUGCCGGGCGAGAAAGUUGGGUUCAAUAUUCGAGACACAACGAAGCGACUAGAGUGAAGUACAGGGGGCAGCAAUCGACCACUCUUACCUUCAAACAAGGGACACAGCAGCUUGUGGACGCGAUCGCCGCUGAUCUAGCAAAGUCAACAAAGGUCACAAUUGAAACAAGUUCAGACGUCCAGAGUAUGAGCCCACCAGCAGGUCAUGAUCAAAUUUGCAUUACUUCUCGCCAGAACGGGGGGGAUAUCAGUCGCAGGAACUAUGACCGGGUCAUUGCUUCGCUCCCAGCGCCUGCAUUGACCAAGAUCCUAGAGUCAACGAACACAAAUCACCCAGGCAACUCUCCCCUCGAGACCAUCAGAAAACUCAAGCUACAUAACUAUGCCACCACUGUCAUGGUUGUCAAUCUUUAUUAUGACAAGCCCGUACUUCCCAUCGAGGGCUUUGGGUAUCUGAUCCCUCGCUCAGUUCCAUUUGAUCAAAAUCCAGAAUGCGGACUGGGAGUUCUUUUCGCAUCUGCUUCUAGCUGGGGUGUGCCCACCUCCGGUGAUCAAUUUAUCUCGCAGGAUAAUGCGCCGGGAACUAAGCUUACAGUAAUGCUCGGUGGCCACUAUUGGGACGAUUGGAAAGAUUCCGAUUACCCCGAUCAUGACUCUGCCGUGAAGAUGGCCUGCGCAUUACUGGAGCGCCAUAUUGGAAUCAAAGCCACCCCCAGCGUUACAAGAAGCAGUCUUCAAAAGAACGCCAUCCCUCAAUACACCGUUGGGCACAUUGACCGCAAUUUUGAAUUGUCUAAAUCAGUGAAGAAGGAAUUCAACAAGCGGCUUGUACUCGCAGGAAACUGGUAUACCGGAGUUGGUGUCAAUGACUGCGUCCGGCAAGGUAUUCUUGCUGCAUCAGUUGGGAUUGGCCAGCAACAGAUUGAGCAUGUUGUGGACGAGAACCUUCCGUACGGGGGCCACAACAUUUCUGAGUGGGACAUGGACAUGGAGGGCGGCAUUCCCACGGCAUCAUCACAGUAUACACAAGUUUCCCGGCCCUAG